AUGGUCGAUCGGGCCUUCUCCUCCCUCGCAUUAUUAGUGUUUGCACGAAGUCAGAAAUCGUUGCUCGCGGCAAAAGAAGCAUCGACAUCAUAUCAACGUCUCCUAAAAGACAUGCAGAGUCGCAUCCUGCAAAUCAGCCGUGGUAACAUCGGUCAAACUGAUUCGGACGAGAUCUUGCUUACGAUAUAUUUCAUGGCGCGGUAUGAGUCCGUAGUGCAGCAAGAUGGCGAUUCCACGAAACUUAUGGAGUCAAUGAAGGUGUGGUCACACUUUGACGGCGUUGCGGCAAUACUGAGGCUCUGGCAUGAUGACUGUGACCGAACAGCUCCAUCCAGUAUCGUGAAGCUUGCCAGAAGGACGGUGGUCAAAUCUUCCCUCCUGCGAGAACGGCAGAUUCCCCAGUGGUUGAGAGGCGGAGAGCGGUUCGGCGAGAAGGGUCUUGCUCUCGAAUUUGACCGUCUAGCUGUCCGUACCAUCGCACUACGACAAGAGUGUGUCCAGCUCGAGCGAAAGUGCGACGAUGGAAGUCCAGCAGCGUCCACGUUCGAACAUUUGAGCUGCGAAGCCAUUAAAAUUGGUCAGGCCCUCCACGACUGGGUGCAGCAUUUCCCCAGGAAGUGGGAAUACAAUGAGUACAAGAUUGAAGGUGUCUCUGCCGACGAGCUCUGGUCUCCGGCCGUCUCCACUUGCACGCGGCAUGGCUAUGCUGCGGUGUGGACUGAGUAUUACAGCAUCAGAAUGCUGCUCAUGAAUGCUCCCUUGCAGACCCUCGACGCAGCCUGCCCACGGUCGACACUCGAACCAACUUCGAUGCGGAUCCAGUCACGAUCUGAACGUCUCGCUUGCGAGGCAGAGUUGAACGCGGCGAGCGACUCUCUCGCAUCCUUGAUCCCCUUCUGUCUUGGGCGUAUUCGGGCUCAUGACACUCUAACCACGACGCCGAAUAAAGCAACAGCAGAGUUAGAACUCUCACAUGGGUCUAUCGAGCCUUAUCUGGCCAAUCUGGUAGUGUGGCCUCUCUCAAUUGCUGCAAGCCUCCAACAUCUGGACGUGGCGAGACGGGAGUGGUUUCGUUCAUGGUUGUCGCGGAUCAGCAGCUCAUCAUGCGAAUGCUUGGUCGCUUAUGCAAUGAGUGAUUAUUGGACUGUCUUGUGA